AUGGCAGAAGACAAUAACCCGCCGCCCGGCCCUUCUCCGUCUGCUGGAUCUGUCUUCAGUGUUUCCAGCAGCUACGAUGGUGGAUACAUGGAGCGUUCGAUGUAUAUUGCACCCGAUAAAUUCCGCGGAGAAGAUGGUUCAGAUAUCAAUUAUACCAUUCCAGCUCACUCUGAAGCGAAUCAAAAGCUCGCCAACCUACAAAGGGCGUUUGAGAUGCCACCUCGCGCAGUCAGAGAAUCCCUAUUUGAGAACUUUUGGACCCGUUGUUAUUUUUGGGAUCCCAUUGUCGACAGGUCUCAAGUAAUGGAGAUAGCCCCUGAUAAGGUAUCACCUCUUUUGCUUCAGUCCAUUUUCCUCGCCGGGAGCCGUAUGCUAUCGCCCUCACAGCCCCACAACUAUGCCUCGGCCCAAGACUACUAUACUCGAGCUAAAACGCUAUUCUGGCUCGACUGUGAAAAAGACCCUCUUACUCUUCUGGUUGCUGCAUCUCUCAUGCACUGGUGGAAUCCACAUGGGCCGGAACGGGUGUCGACGAACACAAGCAGCUUUUGGUGUCGGAUUACCGUAAGCCUAGCCCAGCAGAUGGGAAUCCACCGACUGAAGAAGCCAGUGCCCAAUGAGUCACUUCGUCGUCGAUUGUGGUGGUCAAUAGUGGCCCGGGAUUGUCUCAUCAGCCUCGCCCAUGGACGUCCACAGGCAAUCAACCUCGAAGAAAGUGAUAUUCCAAAGCCGACUCUGGAGGACUUUCCCAACUCCACCCAGACAGGCUUGUUUUUUAUCGCAUAUGUUGACUUAUCGAUGAUCGUGGGACGAUUCACUCGGCAUAAGAUUCGAAAAUCAUCCAGUAGGGAUCAAAAUGAAGAUAUUGGACACUCCUUGUAUCAAUGGAACAGGACUCUCCCGGAGCCGCUCCGACUAUCAUCUUACAACUCAAAAAGACAGAGCAACAUUUAUUCAUUCUCGAAACCUUACAAUCUCGAGAGCCGUCAGCUGAACAUUCUAUACCUAGUCAUGAUUACUCUCUUAUACCGCUCGAAAUCUCUUGACGAUCCAUUUCCUACAGCAGCAGUCCUCGCUGCAUCGACCGUCGCUGGAAUCUUCGAGGAUUUUCUUGCUCGCGACGAGGUGCGAUUUCUCGGUGCCUGCUUCACCUUCCAUCUUUUGGCUGCGUCCAUUGCAUUACUUUCCUGCUAUAAAUACCCGGAAUUGUGGGCGCUUGCCCAGGAAGACCUCAACACUUUAGCGCAGGCUCAAGAAGAGAUGAAGAAAAAGUGGCCCUCAGCCCUGGGGAGCAUUGGUAGCUUCGACCGAAUGUUCAAGCUCGCUGUGGCCACACAGAAGAAGGUGGCCCAACUGCCGGAGAGCACUUUGACACCGGACCAGGCGGCAUUCUUUGAGGACUACAACAUGACGCUGUGUCGAAUGCACGCGAUUCUCGUGCCGAAACGUGACGGCUACGGCAGCCGCAGAGCUCAGCAUGAAAAUAACAGUACGAACAAAGUGAACCAGCAGCCAACCAGCGUGGCUGAAAGUGGACAUGGGAAUGGGAAUUUGAAGGAGGACAUGAUCCUAAUCCCACCAUACUACGCUCAAGGUGAGUCUAUCGGUCAACAAUUCAUAAUAGAGCAGCCGGGUCUCCCGGACGAGCCCCUCAAUUUUGAUCACAUGUUCCAGGAGAACGCUGGGCAGUUAGACGAUGCCAUUGGAGACUGGCUGUUCUGGGAUCAGCCUCCCCUUGAUAAUUGA